AUGGACUCUCGUCAUAUGUUCCCUGGAAUGGGUGACAUGCGACAUGCGUACGCACCACUCUCAGCACAUUUAGCCGCCCAUGGCUAUACCGUGGCCUGCAUGGACAACCGAGGGCACGGUGACAGCUCGCUUUUAUUCGAUGGCUACAAAUACGGAGAUGAAGCAAUAGCACAAGACUUCAUCAAUAUAGCGCUCGAUUUCGGAAAGGGCUGCCCUGCUGUACUAGCAGGGUGUUCCUUCUCCGCAGGCUCAGCUACUAUCGCUGCCGGUAAGCGCCCUGAUUUGGUUGCCGGAAUCAUAUUGCUGGCACCAUUCCUACACAAUCCGAAGGGGCUCGAAGAUGCAGUGGCGCCGUUCUCUCAUGCCGGCGAUGUUCGCCAAACUUUGGGGUCCUUCAGUGUGGGAGUCAUAUGCCAAGAUAUUAUGGCCAGCGAGGAAAAGGCAGCGAAGAGAGCCACGGCAUCGAGAACUUCGCUAAAUCAAGGCUGGAGGUGGAGAGCAUUCCAGCAGAUUGUCAAAGGCCUCGAUCAUAGCGUGGUCAGGCCAUGGAUAACUAAGGUGAAUGCACCGGUGCUUGUGUUGAUGGGGGAUAAGGACCCUGACUGGCCAAACCCGAUGGACGAGGCAAACUGGGUUGUUUCAAAUGUCAAGGAUGAUCGAUCGAUUACAGUACAGGGUACAGGGCACGCGCCUAUGCUGGAAUGUCCGUAG